AUGUCGACAGCAUACCACCUCUCGCAACACCCCGACAAGUUCGACGUCACCCUGAUCGACGCGGUCGACUACUGCGGCGGACAGGCAUUCUCGAUCCCACUCGACAAGGAACGGCACGGCGCCAGCUGGUUCAACCAAGGCGUGCAAGGCGGAAGCUACAUCUUCCACCACACGCUGACCAUGUUCGCCCGCCAAGGGUUCCACGCCGACCCGGUCAACCUGCAGGUGUCGUUCGGCAAGGACAAGACCUUCUGGACGAAUGUCUUCCCGACAGAGCUGAUUGCACGCCACCAGAAGGAAGUCAAACGUCUGGUGUUUGCUUUGAAAUUCAUGCGCUGGUUCGAGGUGUUCUUCGCCCUGAUCCCGCUCAAGUAUUUCUUCAAGCUGUGGUGCUUCUCCGACGAGUUCACGAAUACCAUUGCCUUACCCAUGACAGCUCUAUUUCUGGGCACAGGGAACUAUACGCCUGAGACGCCGACCAUGAUGCUCGAGCGGCUGUGUACCAGUCCCACCUAUGGGAUGUGGUACCCUCCCGAUCCACUAUCCGUUGCCUCGAACAUGCCUCCGAUGGUAGUGUUCCCCAACUUCAGCGAGUUCUACUCGAUCUGGCGCAAGGACCUGCUCUCACGCGGCGUCACCGUCCGCCUCUCCACCGAGCUCGUCUCCGUCCUCAAACGGGGCCAGAAGACCGGCGUGCUCGUGAGUCUGAAGAACCGCACCCCCGCCCCGGACGGCCACAACCCAAACACAGGCGAACCGACCGCCAGCGCUCCCUACAAGGAACACUACGACGAAAUGGUCCUCUGCGUGCAGGCCGACACGGCAAAACGCAUCCUGGCCCAAACGUCGACCUGGCGCGAACGGAGAGUCCUCGGCGCCGCGAAAUUCUCCAACGACGUGACCAUCACCCACUCGGACGCCAACUACAUGAAAAAGCACUACCAGAACUUCCACUCGGACGCGCUCGCGGUCGACGGCCUGAACGGAGAAUCGCAAGCCUCACGGAACGAGUUUGCGCGCACGCGGUUCCGGCCCAUGUACUACAUCAAGAUGUACGACGCGGACCAGAGCAAGCUGGAGAUGUGCUUCGACACGACCAACUACCAGGCGCAGUUCCCCGAGAACGUGCCGUUCGAGGACCACGUCUUCCAGACGAUCUACCUCAACAAGGAGCGCGACGGGCACCUGUGGUCGGACGGCGAGAUCGACACGUCCAAGAUCAUCCGCACCGACUGGUGGCACCAGCUCUGCCACAGCUGGACGCACUACGUCUUCGUGGUCCCGUGGCUGAUGUUCCUGCAGGCGAAGAGCCACACGCGCUUCGCCGCGAACUGGACGCUGGUCAACGCGCACGAAGUCGCCAUCAUCUCGGGCCUGGCUGCCGCCGUGGACCUGGGCGCCACGUACCCGGAAGACCUGGAGAACGAUCGGUUCGCCCUGCUGGCGUUCAGGCUGUACUAUCUGCUGGUCUACGGGAAGUGGUAUCGCAGGCGAUACAAGGACAGCGCGUCGGACGUCGCGGCGCAGGGCAGGGCCUGGGCCCAGGGCCUGUAUGGCAGCCGGUACUCGGGCCCCGGCGUCGUGGAGCAGGAGAGGUCGACCUGGAGGGAGGAAAUGAAGGUCGGCAGGAGUACAGGCAACUUGGCGCCCGAGGGAGGAAAUCCGGAUGGUAGGAGCCAGCCUUGA